GGACAGGCCGCAAUUUGCUCAUCGCCUCGCACUCGACGCCAACCACCUCUUCCUUUCCUUUUCCCGCUCCCGCCAGCGUACGAGGCGACGACGACGGCCGCGGCCAUGACUUACGACCCGUAUGCGCUGAGCGUAGCGCUGUUCGCACUCCGCAUCCUCUCACCUACCGCCGUUCUGCUUGCGACUAUCUUCAUUCUCCCGGUCAAGGAUACCGCUCCGCCGCUGUCGCAAUCCGAGGUUACCGUCGUCGUCGCGCAGACGCGCACGCCGCGUCGGGCGCUCAUCCUGUUCCUGCUCUCCCUUGCCUCACUCACAUUUCUUCUCGAUGGACUCACGUUUGUUGUAUACGCCGUGAUUUGGAAGACAUGGCCGAGUUUCACUGGUAUAGAGGUCAACGCGAUUCUCGGGGUCAUCGCGUACGCUGGUCUUGCCGCAUAUGGUGCCUUCAAGGACGUGAACGGCGUCGAUGUUUGGUCCCAGAAGAAGUUACGGCUCGCUAUAGUCCUUGCUUUGGCCUUGGACAUUACGCAAGCAUCUCUGUACGGUGUUUCUACCGACUUCAGAAACAGCGCCCCCAAGAUCCCGGAAGUCCCGUUUGCAGUGUCUGUACCUGCCCUCCUCCAUCUUAUAUUCCCUGUGUUCCGUGUUCUACUGCUUGUUCCACUCGCCUUUGCCCUCUACAACCCCCGCAUAUCAUACGUGCCGAUACCGCAAGAUGAAGAAAUGAGCAGCGACAGCCCUGCUGCCACUGCCUCGAGUUUACUCUUGCCACCCGAAGCUGGUGCGACGGCUUCCACUGGAUUAUCCCCUGUCGCUGGCAAGGAUGGUUAUGGAACCUUCCUCAAUGGUACCCAGACCGCAGCUACUACUCGAACGAACACACCUGCCCCGUCUCAGAUCAACUUACCGCCACCGAAGCCCAAGAGCAAGACUUCUGUCGAAAAGCAAGAGGUUGCGCUGGACCCGUCUUGGUCGGAGAUUUACCGUCGGUUGAAGCGCAUUUCGCCCUACUUGUGGCCCUCAAAAAGUCGGCCUCUUCAGAUCCUUGCUGGCCUUUGCAUCGUACUCUUGCUCAUUGGCCGCUUCAUCAACCUGUUCAUCCCCCUUACUCUCGGAAAGCUCGUGAGCGUUCUGGAGGCCCAGGAUGGCUCAUCUCCAUGGCCGUACCUGUUCUUCUACGUUGCGAUGCGGUUCCUCCAAGGCAGCGGCGGCUUGCCUGCUGUGCGCGACACGCUCUGGGCACCUGUGAUGCAGUACAGCGACCGGGAAAUGUCACAACUCUCCUUCGACCAUCUUCUCAACCUCUCCCUCGCGUUUCACACACGCCGCAAGACGGGCGAGGUCCUUCGCAUUCUCGAUCGAGGAGCCGCGAUUAACCACACGUUCGAACUUCUGCUCUUCAACGUCUUUCCUACCGUCAUCGAUAUUGUCGUGGCACUUGUGGUGUUCAUCAUCAAGUUCGAGUGGACCCUUGCGCUCGUCAUUUUCAUUGUGAUGGCGGCGUAUGCGGUCAGUAGCGUCGUGCUCACCAGGUGGCGAACGAAAAUUCGUCGCCAGAUGAACGAGAGGGAUAUCAUUACGCGUGGCAUACAUACCGACUGCCUCCUGAACUAUGAAACCGUGAAGUAUUUCAACGGCGAAGAACACGAAGGAGAACGCUAUCGAGAGGCGAUCAAGGAAUAUCAGGCUUUGGAGUAUAAGGUCAUCGUGUCCCUCAACCUCCUCAAUCUUGUUCAAAACUUCAUCAUAUCCCUCGGGUUGCUUCUCGGUUCGAUGAUUGUUGCCCUUCGGGUAACUCGCGGGCAAUCGAAGCCCAGCGAUUUCGUGAUCUUCAUCACGUAUCUUGCACAACUUUACUCGCCCCUGAGCACACUGGGUUACAUGUAUCGAUCGAUCAACCAAUCUUUGGUGGACACGGAAAAGCUGCUCAAGCUUUUGGCCGAGCCCACCGAUGUGAAUGACAAGCCGAAUGCUCCGGAUCUCGUGGUCAGCGCAGGGGAAAUCGAGUUCGAUAAUGUUAGCUUCUCGUACGAUGGUCGCACUACCGCGCUCAACGGCGUGUCGUUCAAAGUGCCAAAGGGUUCAUCCGUCGCCCUUGUUGGUGAGAGUGGAUCCGGGAAGUCCACGAUUCUUCGACUUCUGUACCGGUUCUAUGACCUGCGGGAAGGGGAUGGCCGUAUCCUCAUCGAUGGUCAAGACAUCCGCGAGGUUACUCAGUCCAGCUUGCGAAAGGCGAUCGGUGUCGUGCCGCAGGAUUCGGUGCUGUUCAACGCGAGCAUCGAGUAUAACAUCGGCUACGGGAAAUUCGGCGCUUCGAGGGAGGAGAUCGAGGCGGCUGCUAAGGCUGCCCAAAUGCAUGACCGUAUUAUGACCUUCCCCGACGGAUACGAUACCAAGGUAGGCGAGCGCGGCGUCCGGUUGAGUGGAGGGGAGAAACAACGAGUGGCCAUAGCACGUACGCUGCUCAAGAACCCUCCGAUCCUGUUGCUCGACGAGGCGACAAGUGCUCUGGACACCUCGACGGAAAAGGACAUUCAAAAGGCUCUGCAGAACCUCGUCAGGGGUCGAUCCUCGCUUUCAAUAGCUCACCGCUUAUCGACCAUCGCUUCAUCAGACCUCAUUCUCGUACUGAAAGAUGGGCAAAUCGUCGAACAAGGCAGCCAUAGUGAAUUGCUUGCCAAAGGCGGAAUCUUCGCGUCCAUGUGGGCCGACCAAAUCGCAGCUUCCGAGGACCCUGCCGCGCGCACCGACCACGAGGAGGACAAGGAAGUUCCAGUAGCAGGUUACUCGGUAGACCCGCCCGAGGAGGGCGUUAAGCAGGAGGCAUCGGCAGCCGAUAAGGACGUCCCCGCCUCUGAACAGCCUUCUGUGGCGCCAGCGGCCUCGCAUGUCGACGAAGAGGACAAGGCACCGGAAGGAGAAGCGGAGCCAAGUACCACCCCUGUUGCUCCCGAAGAGGCAUCGGUGGCUGAGCCGGAGGUCAGCGCACCCAUCGCGUUCCCCUCGUCGCCAGUCGAGGAUGCCCCCGCAGAGAUGGAGACCGCAUCGGCCGAGGCACCACAACCGCAACGAUCCGAAACGGCGGUAACUUUUCCCAGCGGAGAUGAUACGGCAUCUGUACAGGCGCCUUCUCUUCCCACGUCGCCGGCACCGCUGCAGAGCCCCGGCGUGACUUUCGCAGCAGACUCGGAGACGACCCCGCGAAGCGGCACUCCUGAUCCCAGCGCCGAACCCAAGCGCAAGCGCAUCUCGUCGCAGAAUUUCCAGCGCAUGGCGAGGCGUAUCUCCAUCUCUGGACGGCGAACAGGAUCUGGGUCCAUCAUCCCCAAUCUUAUCCCUGGCCUCAAACGCGAGGGUUCCGGUGUGAAGGACGACAAUAACUCCCAGAAGGGAGAAGGCAACCUGAACCGGACCGACAGCCCCGCUGGCAGCGUCCAGCAAGAAGAGGGCAGCUCACAGAAGGACAAGAAAGACAAGAAGAAAGACAAGAAGGAGAGGAAGGAACAGAAGAAGAGGGGUACCAUUGGUUGAUCUCGUCGAUGUUUCAUCACUCCUGCCAUUUACGACUGGAACGAUUUGGGAACGACCCUCAUGCAUGCCACUUACCUUACUUAUCCCGGCGCCCCCACUUCCCCUCGCAUUACAUUGCAUUUCGCCUCUUCGAUCGCAUUUGUACACAU